CCAGACGACGCCGAAGCGCAAGUUUGACAUCUCCAAGUACGCGCCACCGAAUAAUGGAAAGGCGGCGAGCAGUUGCGCUGCGGAAGCAGCCACGGCUGCGGUGAAAUCACUGGCCAUCUCGCAGUUUCUCAAGAAGGAGACUUGCGCAAGCUCAUCAAAUAUGAGGAACGUCUGGCGGAGAACGCAAAGGAGGGCAACUUCAGCGGCCUGCAUAAACGUGGCACCGUCAGCUCGCGUGCCAAACUAAAUGGAGAGAUGGACAAGGAGAAUGCGGCACCAUCAUGUCCAUGUCCGUCCGCCAAGGAGAAGGAGUCCAAGACUGACCAGGAUGAUGACGACCAGCAGCAGCGUUCCGAUGGCGGUGCUGGCUUCGCGGAUUUGGCUCGUCUUUUUAAAGAGAAACUCCUGUUGGAAGCAUCUGUGCCUCCACCGGCGACUAAGGCAUUAGUUCCUGAAACGUCUAAGGCAAACGGAAAACGUCGCAGCCGCAGCAAAACUCGCCAGGGAAAGGAGGUCCCUAUGUCCAGCUGCGAAUCGGAAGGUAACGAAGAACGUCCGAUCCAACGCCGUCGUCGCAGCAAGUCGCAUCCUCGCAGUGCUGUUCGUCGUCGUGGCAAAUCCAAGCACUGCGAUCCGGUGGCUUUGUUUCAGUACUACCAGAAGGAGUGGGCCCAUUUCCGCAGCCAGAUCCCCGGCGAAAAUGUUCACGUGAAUGGCCGCUUCGGGGUUCGCCACAAGCCAAUGGAUCCAAAGAAGUGAAGAUAUAUUUUCAAUGCAGCUAUUACUUACAUAAUCCCAUACUUCGACCGAUUCCGCUUUUUAACUGCAGUCAUUCACAUUUAUUUAUACUGUUUUCAUUUUAUAAAUCAUUAUUAUACACUAAACAUUUAAAACACUUCAGAAGUCGAAUAAAAUAAAUUUCUAAAUUUGUGUUUAAGUUUA